CAUUUACUUUCUCUCACUUUGGCUCUCAGUGCCUCUGUCCAGACUGCUGCUUCAGACCUCACCGCCCUUUCCAUUUAAGCCAACUUUAAGCCACACUUCUGAGGGUGUGAGCCAGCAUUUCAUCCACAGCCUGCUGUACUUUCAGGAGUCUCUUAAUUUGUUAAAGUUUAAGUUGGAGAAAAGUGACCAACAGUGACCAUGAUGAGGAUCAUACUGCUGUUGCUGGUCACCCUGGCGGGGCCUUUCUGUAUCUUUACCCAAGCAAGUACUCUGAUGGUGCCAACAGCUGUUACUGCAACUACAGAAUCAAAUAGUGUAAAAAAUCAGACUGAUUUCCCUGCUGAAAAAGAGGGAUCAACUCCUCAAGAUGCGGUCUCAACGUCACUGCCUGCUCCUGAGGCAACAGAAGCAACUAACGCAACAGAACUUACAGCGGUUUCCACAACACCACCAGUAUUACAAUCAGAAGCCCAAACAGAUACAUCACAAUCAACAGAAGCUGGACCUAAAGAGACAAAGAGCCCUGAAGCCUCUACUGUCACCAAAGAGGCAGGAGCAGAAACUGGGAAAGCUAAAGAAACAGCGACUCCAUCAGAGACUCCACAUGUAGAGGUGGAGACUGAAGGUAUGGGCACAGGACAGUUGGUGGGGAUCGUAUUUGGCGCUUUGAUCACAGUGAUUGUUGUCAUUGCUAUUAUCAUCUUGGUGGCCAGAAGAAUGGGCCAAUACUCACCCUAAAAAGAAAGGCCCGACAGGACGAGAAGAAGAAGAAAUUCUGGAAGUUAUGAACUAUUGUUCUGAUGUUUAAAACAAUGCAAGCAGCACUCUCACCACCCAUCCAGGACUUACACGGGGAGCAGGAGAGUGUCCCAUCCCCUUUCCCAUUGAAAAAAUGCCCUCCCCUUUUUUUGUCACCCUGAAAUCCUCAUUUAUCUCUCAACAGGGGAGGCCAGAGGAUGUUACAGUAUAUAUUUUUAAUGCAUAUUAAUUUAACGGGAGAUGAAUGAAUAUGGAGUUUGUGAAGGGCCUAAUAAACAAAAACAAAGAAACAGCUGCCCAUGCAAGCAAAAGCUUAUAUUUUUUUUUAUUCCACUGAUUAUUAAUAACAUACAGAAAAAAAAAACCUAAUCCAAAAGCAUUUAUAUUUUCUUAAUUUCUCUUUUUCCCACUUCAACAGUUGUGUCCAACAGGACUAUGACGCAUUAGGUACAGUCUAUGAACUGUCAUAAGCAGAUGCUAAGGACACAUUCUGUUCUCAAGAUGUGUAAGUGGCAUUAACUAAUAAAUCUUUUUAAAUUAUUAGUUAAGGGGAGCAGCACACUAUAAGUGCUUGAGAUUUACUCUUUUGAAGUGCAUUAAUACGGAGUGACUUGACCGUCUUGUUCUAAACUGUCACCCAUUCCAAAAGUGACAUCACUUCCUCUGGAACACAUCUUUUAUUGUGUGUUCCAAUCAUCUUAACUCCAGAGCACAGCUGCUAUUGGCAUGUAUCUCUAAAAUCCUGAUGUUCCUCAGCCUGGACUAUAUCAUUUUAACAGAAUACAGACAUUUUGCAUGGUAUAGUUGUUUGCAUUUCUUUUUGUCAGUGUUAGGGUUUGUGUUUCUUACCGGCGUUCAAGAGUGUUGCUAUCCUAGGCUUUGCUUUAAGAGAUCAGUAGUUGCACUGAAUGAUGAAGAAUACAUGUUUAAUAUUUAGAAGACACUGCAACUGUUUGCAAAGAUAUUUUGUGUUUUUUUUUUUUUUCUUGCCAGAUUCCUCUUUGUAUCCCGUUGCUCCAUAAUUGCAUUUUACCAUUUGAUGUCAGAAUCCAGUUAAAGCAGAGUGUUUGUCUUUGUAUUUUGGGGGUGGUGUUUUUUUUCUUAUUGUUCAAUCAAUUUAAAUAAAAAAAGUUCUAAAGUA